AUGGAACAACUUCUAAAGCAUCUUCCUCACUGGUCGACUGAGAAAAAAGAAGUUGCGUUGAGGUAAAAGUUUUGAAAAAUUAUAAUCAAUGCGUUAUUUCUGAAUUCAAUAAACUUUUUUCAAAUUCUAUUGCAGGCUGAUCAUUUUGUUGGUGGCCAGUUUGACUGCCUUCACUGUGAGACUUUUUGCUGUGGUUCGAUACGAAUCCGUGAUCCAUGAGUAUGACCCUUAUUUCAACUACAGGUGACUCGUUUUGUCUUUAUUUUGUACUAUACCGUCAUGUUUUCAGAACAACGCAGUACUUGACCGCUAAUGGGUAUUACAACUUUCAUAAUUGGUUCGAUGAUCGAUCAUGGUAUCCUCUGGGGAGGAUCAUCGGCGGCACAAUUUAUCCAGGUUUGCAAAAUCCUUAUCCUUUUUAUUGCAUAUCCAUUAGGAUAACACAUGUGAUGGAAUAUUUUGCUCAUUAAAAAGAGCAGGAUGAAACGAAUAACUUUUGAUAAUAGUCUGUGGAAAAUUCGAUUUGAGAGUAACUGCAUCUUUCAGUAUAGUUUUUUUUCGUCAGGUCUAAUGGUUACGUCAGCGUUCAUUUUUAACGUCAUGAACUCGAUGAACCUCUCGAUCCACAUCCGGGAAGUAUGCGUCUUCCUGGCUCCAUUGUUUUCUGCUUUUUACUGUCCUGGCGACUUUUCUUCUCACAAAAGAACUCAGGGUCAGUUUUGAAAUUUGAUAAUUAUGCUUUUUUUAAAGAAAUGAGAAAUCUAAAGAAGUAAGAAAAAAAUCAGAAAAAAAGAUUUGGUCGAACAUUGUAUCAAAAAUUUUUCUAAUUUGAUGAGACAUUUUUUUAGAUGAAUUGGAAUAAAAAAGGUUUGUAUCACGAUAAAAAAACUAAAAGCAGGUUAUACAAAAAAAUCAAAUAAUUUUCAAAAAAAUUUCCAAAAAAACUGAGAAAAGAAGCUUUUUUCAAGUCUUCCAUAUUUUUCAAACUUCUCUUAUUCAGAAUACCGGCGCCGGUUUAUUGGCUGCUUGUCUCGUGUCCGUCGUCCCAGGUUACACAUCAAGAUCGGUCGCCGGAUCUUAUGACAACGAAGCCAUUGCUAUUUUUGCCAUGCUUUUCACGUUUUAUUUGUGGAUCAAAGCUGUCAAAACUGGAUCGAUCUCCUAUUCAGUUCUGUGCUCUUUCGGUGAACUUCUCAUCAGGAAAAAUAUAAUCAAAGUCAAUUUUCAGCCUACUUCUACAUGGUUUCAUCUUGGGGCGGAUACGUCUUUCUUAUAAACAUCAUGCCGCUUCACAUUUUGGCUCUUUUGAUUACCGGAAGGUUCAACAGAAAGCACUACAUUGCUUGGAGCACAGUGAGAAAAGUGUAGAAAAAAUGAAGAAAAUUUUGAAUCUGCCAGGUUUAUUCGAUUGGAACCAUUCUUUCGAUGCAGAUUCCUUUUGUUGGAUUUCAACCGAUUCUCACUUCUGAGCACAUGGGCGUCAGUUUUUCUUUUUUAAUUUCUUUAAAAAAUGUUUCAUGUUUCAGGCUCUUGGAGUCUUUGGAAUCUGCCAACUCGUUGUGUUUUCGCAGUACUUGCAAUCGAAAAUGUCCAAAGCUUCUUACGAUCUUCUUUUCCGUUCGGUUCUCUACGGCCUGGGAUUUGCUAUGUUGGCAACAAUAGUUUUGCUGUCUAUCUUCGGAAGUAAAAAAUCGGAGAUUUAUCACUCAAUUUUAUUUUUAUCUGAUUCAGAAAUCGCCCCUUGGACAGGAAGAUUCUAUUCUUUAUUGGAUCCUUCCUACGCCAAAAAUUACAUUCCUAUCAUCGCUUCGGGUAUUUUUAAAUUGAUGUCUGUUGGAGCCUUGAAUGAAAUACUUCAGUAUCGGAGCAUCAGCCGACAGCUUGGUCUUCGUUUUAUUUCGACCUUCACAUUCUUGUCUUCACGUUUCCAGUCGGGCUUUACUACUGUUUCAGAAACCUCUCUGAUCACAACAUUUUCAUAAUUCUUUACGCUGUCACCAGCAUGUACUUCUCGGUUUGUCAUAGAUUUUUCAAUGUUUUUGAUAAAGAAUUUAGGGUGUUAUGGUACGUUUAAUGCUUGUUUUGGCACCUGUCAUGUGUAUCAUGGGAGGAAUCGCGCUAAAUGGAGUUCUAUCUGGAUUCGCUAAAAACUUCGAAGACCAACCGGUAAGAAAAAAACCAACUUAAAUAUUAAUGAAGUAGGUUUCAGAUCGCAAAGUCUAAGAAAGAUAUACAAAAAGCACAGAACUACCCGUACAAAAAAGAGGUCAGUUUCUGGGAUUUUAUAGGGAAUCUCUUUUUUCAGGUUGCCACUGGAGUCUACGCAAUGAUCCUAUUUCUCGGCGUAUCUUACAUUUUCCACAGUGUCUGGGUGACGAAAGAAUCGUACAGUAGCCCAUCGAUUGUAUUGAGUGCAAGGUUAAAGAACCCGUGAUGUUAUCUUUCAACGCUGAACAUUGCAGAGGAGCUAGGGGUCAGGAGAUUAUUUUUGACGAUUUUCGAGAAGCGUAUUAUUGGCUGAGACAGAACACUCCUGAGGUUCGUUCUUUUUGAAAUAAUCGAUACACAAGGGCGAGUUCAGGAUGCUAAGAUAAUGUCGUGGUGGGAUUACGGAUACCAGAUAACGGCAAUUGCUAAUCGAACUGUUAUCGUUGAUAACAAUACUUGGAACAAUACGCACAUCAGCAGGGUAAGUUUUUUUAUAUUCUUGAUCAAACCUAAAAAAAAUCACUCAAGCUCAUUGAUAUUGCGUUGUGUUUUGAAAUUUUGAGCAUUUGGUCAAGGUUCAAAUUUUGAGCAUAUCCUACGAUUGGGCCGGGUGUUAAAAGGGUACUCUACUGACAAGGAAGGUUAUUCUACUCCGCGGUAGAGAAUUACUUGAAAUUUGGCCAGAGAACUUCUUGAUUUGCCUGAAAGUCUCAACUUGUCCAACUUUCUAGUUUUUGUGAAACGACACCCAUAGUCGUAGAAAACUUUCAAAGACCUUGAAAAUCGGCCUUUUACUAUUUUAAGCCCUUAUUUUUUGAGAAUUAAAAAUUUACAACUGUUGAAGCUUCUAAAACUUCCAUUUAGUACAUCAAGUAAGACUACAUUUUUGCCAAUUUCCGAAAAAUUGCCAACCACCUAGUAAAAUUACCUCACUUGUGAGCUAUAAUGUGUCGCUGUGCGCAAGUAGUUUUUCGUCAGGCGCAUUAUAAAAGCAGAUGUUUGGAAAAGCUGCAAAGACUUUUUUUUAAAAAAAUUUCAAGAUUUCAGUACAUAAAAUACAAUUUUGAGGUUGGCCAAGCGAUGGCUUCGAGUGAAAAAGAUGCCUAUGAAAUAAUGAGAGAACUCGAUGUUGACUACGUUCUUGUCAUUUUUGGUGGCGUUAUCGGAUACAGCAGUGAUGGUUUGAGAAAUUUGAUUAUCUUUGAAGGAAAAGCAUGUUUUUAAGAUAUCAACAAGUUUUUGUGGAUGAUCAGAAUUGGAGGCUCCACUCCCGAAGGCAAACAUAUCAAGGUAAAAAUAAUCAAUUGAUCCCUAAAAACAUUUUUUUUUUCAUUACUUUGAUCCAUGAAUCUAGAGAUUACAAGAAAGUGCUGAAAAAAGUUGUCCGAUUUUGAAAAAGACUUGGUGCAGUUUUAAUGGCCUUUUCCGAUGAAUGUGGCUCGAAAAUUUUCGAUAAAAUAAAUAAGAUUUUUUAAGUUUUGUGACGCCUUCAAAAAACGACCGUGAAUUUUUCCCCCUAUUUUUGACAUUCAGGAAACCGACUUUUAUACUCGCGACGGAGAAUAUCGCAUUGACAAAAGUGCUUCAAGUACAAUGCUAAAUUCUUUGCUCUACAAGUUGUCUUAUUAUCGAUUCGGUUACACUUUCAUAGCUCAGGUUUUUUUUUCGUUAAAUUUUUCAUUUCAUAAAACAUUAUUCAAUUUAGGGAUAUCCAACCGGUUUCGAUCGCGUGAGAAACGCGGAAAUCGGCAACAAAGACUUCGAACUGGAAUAUCUGGAAGAAGCCUACACGACAGAACGCUGGCUCGUCCGCAUUUAUCGCGUCAAAAAACCUAAAAAUCGUUUUUGAUAUUUUAGUUCAGUUAUUUAACUAGUAUACUUCGUUGUUACUGUUUCAGGGGUAUCGUGCUUUUAAUUCUUUGAAGCCAAAUAUUCGUUUUUUAUUUCGCAACUUUGCGGGAAACUUUAUAAAUAAAUACGCGUAUCAUUUUGAAAUUAUGAACUGACUUGAAAAAAAGAAUGAUUUUCCGAACUUCUCAAAAAUUGGAGUUUGGGUAAACUUAACGAUACUGCAGAAAAGAUUGCAAAGAACAAAAUAUUUGAAAUGCAAAAAGAAGAAAAGAUGUGGAUGAGUGGGAAACCCUUCAUUCAGAACAGCCGCAAUCUUAAAAAUAUCAGUUAAUGCUGUUAAAGGGAAACUUUUCGACGGUUUUUGUUCGCGUACGAUAAUCGAAAGAUAGUGAGCGUGCAAAUUGUCGUGAAGUCUUUCGCACUACAAUUCCUACAAAAAAAGACUGUCUUUGUUCCCUAUCUUUUGAGGGGGCUUUUUUUUCUUAAUAUUUCUCUUCGUCUCGGCAGUGGCGCUCGCAUGUGGCAUAUUGAUCAGACCAUAUCGUUUCCUUUUCUCAUUUCAUUCUGUGUCCCUGCCUUUGUAGAAAUAUCCUUCUCAGUCUAUUAAAUUGAGAUUCCGCGACAGUUUUCUGAACGUUUUCUGGAACUGUUUUCAUUUCUCAAUGUUCAGGUAAUGUGUUGAAUUUGGCUGCAUGUGAGACAGAAGUUACCAUGAAUUGCUGUCCUAAUCAGCUGAAUUCACUUGUCUGGCGACAUUUACGCGACUCUGGUAAACUCUAGUCAUCUUCACUUCUCAAGACGUUUCUAGGAUAUCAUCGGUCGGCAUAUCUCUUCUACACUGAAUGUGGUCUCGCUGAAGCCGGUCUGGCUGAUAAAAUAGAGUCGCUUCCUAGGGGAAGUCUACUUAAUGUCGUUCAGGUAUUGAAGGCCCAUGAUCAAAAAACUCUUCAACUUCAGAAGGGAGUACUAUACACUGAAGCAGUUCAACCAAAGGAGAUCCGCGACGUGAGGACCGACCAAGUCACUGUUUUUGAAGCAGGUAUUACUCAGCUAACCAAGAAUGUGGACUUUGUUCCUACAGGGUUGAAGGGACUUUGAUCUCAUUUAUGGUUUUUAGACAUGUUCUAAAUUUCAGCUGGACUUGUCGUGGAACCAGAAAGAAGGGAAACCAGUCGACAAGAUAAUCUCGAAGAUAUAAUUGACGUUGUCGGAACAAGCGGACCGUCUUCAGAUGUUCCAAGAGAAACGAACGCGGCUGUUGAAUCCAACGGUUCUGCACAGAAAAAGAAAAAAAAAGCAACGAAGAAAAAUGAAAGAAAAAGUCAGUUAGAAACGGAUAAUGAGAAAGCGCCGCUCAGCGGAUCUCCGUUGUUCGUUUCGCAACACAACGAAACUGUCUCAAGUGAGACUGUUCCUAGUGGCCCGACCUUAGGAAACCAGGAAAUGGUGAGCUGGGCUUUUCUUAGAGAAUGUUCAAAAUCAGACUUCAGGUAUCCCACAGCAGCGAUUUCUCCACGUCUCUCACCGCUUUGAAACCAGAACUUCCUGCACCAACCUUUCAACCUUGUGAACUUGGAGGGCCAAAAGAGUUGACUCCGAACACGUUGGUGAAAGAAGAAGGAACUAACAAUUUUCUCAAUUCAACAUUGGCGAAUCUCACGAAGAACAUUGUUCCUGCGUCAUACGGAGAACACCUUCCACAGUCUUUCCGCGCAAUACUACGAGAUGCUCCUUCUUCUUCGUCGUCAAUAUCUCUAUCACCGGAGCUUCUUGCAAUUCUCACAUCAACAGAUCCUUCAUUCCUGAACGCCCAAUUCACACUUUUACCCCCAGUUCUUGCCUCUUCGACAACAUUUUCUGUACCUUCCUUGACUUUUUGUCCUCCCGUGGUUUCUUCAGUUGCACCGACGCUCCCUCCUCAGAGAAUUCUGAGAUUCAAUCCGCCGCCAAUAAUGCCGGCAUUGCCGACAAUGGUAUCGCCGAAAGUCCCUGUGAAAACAGAAACGUCAUCAAACGAAAAAUCCGUUACCGAAGCUCCUCCAAUAGAAAAAAUGAUGACUCGAUCAAGAACUAGACCACUUGUGUCUGAUCCACCUACUCUCCCUCCCGUUGUUGCUCCCAAAAAAGAGCGACGACACAAAUUGGCUUCACUUCGGGAGCAUUUUUGUUCGCUUGCACGUGCCAAACAGAUAACAAGACAUCCUCAGUUCGUGAUUCGAACACAUUUGAAAUUAGUACCAAAUUGUUUUUCAGAGUUACAACAGGCCUACAUUUUGAGCCUUGCAGUUAUCAAUUAUUCCAUAGACAUCGUGGUGAAAUUUUCAACAGUGCUUGGAAUCCACUCAUUGACUAUUUAGUAACAGGGUUUUUUCGACAUUUUGAAACUUCUAAAACAAAAUUUCCAGUUCGGCAGACUCAGAUGCAAGAAUUUGGGAUUUGACGGAGGUCAACAGCCGAAAAUAUGAGGGGAGCAACGUCGACACGAUAACUAGACGUCUUCCACAUCAUACUGAGGCUCCUGAUACUCCUGAGGCCAUUUCUAGAAAAGUUAGGAAUCAUGAUUUGAUGAAAAAAUGCUUCGAAAUUCUGUGA